UCAUUCAAAUCGAUUCAAUUUCUUCAUUUCUCCUUCAAAUUAACGAAAUCAAAUCCAAAUCUCGAUUUCGAUUUCGAUCAAAUUGAUAGGUGAUCUUUUGUUUUUUGGUUUAAUUAAGUAAUGGCGAUGAAGAAAUCGAUGAAGGUAGGUCAGGCAGUGUCGCUGAAGCAGAUGGUGAAGAGAUGCUCGAGUUUGGGGAGGAAUGGGAGCGGAGAGGAGGCGGCGGCGCCGGUGGACGUUCCGAAGGGGCACUUCGCAGUGUAUGUGGGCGAGAACCGGACCAGAUACAUCGUGCCGAUCUCGGUGCUGAGUGUGCCGGAGUUCCAGUGGCUGCUGAGACAGGCGGAGGAAGAGUACGGAUUCCACCACGAAACUGGACGCCUCACCAUUCCCUGCGAAGAAACCGUUUUCGAAACCCUAACUUCGAUGCUCAGAUGAGUACUGUUUGUCUUCUGUGUGUUCUUAUUUUUCCUUUGGGUUUUUUUUUGGGGGAAAGAUGGAUUGGUAAUUGGUUGUACGGAACAAGCCUUUUUUUGUCGUCUUUCUUCUUCUUCUACUUCUUCUUCUUCAUUACUAUUAUUAUUUUUAUUUUUAUUUUUAGUUUUUAAUGGGAUUCUAUUGGCCAUUGGCAUUCCCAGGA